UCACAGUCAAGGUGCUAAGAAAGAGAAUGUAAGACAGGAAGAUUGUUAAAUCUUUUUACUGAGUCUCUUCAACAGGCCACAUUUCAGAGGUGUCUUGUACCUCCUGUUGCAAGUGGCUGGAACAAAAUGGAUCACACAGGGACGCUGGACACUGAAGAUGAGUUGGGACCUUUAGCCCAUCUUGCUCCAAGCCCUCAAAGUGAAGCCGUUGCCCAUGAAUUCCAAGAACUCUCCCUGCAGUCCAGUCAGCACUUACCCCCUCUGACCGAAAGGAAGAAUGUGCUCCAACUGAGGCUGCAGCAGAGGAGGACGCGAGAACAGCUAGUGGACCAGGGCAUCAUGCCACCUUUAAAGAGCCCAGCGGCAUUCCAUGAGCAGAUAAAAAGCCUGGAACGAGCCCGAACUGAAAACUUUUUGAAACACAAGAUUCGGAGCCGACCAGAUCGUUCUGAACUUGUCAGGAUGCACAUUUUAGAAGAAACAUUUGCAGAGCCAUCCCUGCAGGCUACUCAGAUGAAGCUGAAAAGAGCGCGUCUAGCUGAUGACCUGAAUGAGAAGAUUGCUCAGAGGCCUGGUCCUAUGGAGCUGGUCGAGAAGAACAUCCUUCCCGUGGACUCCAGUGUCAAGGAGGCCAUUAUAGGUGUUGGAAAGGAGGACUAUCCCCAGACUCAGGGUGAAUUCUCGUUUGACGAAGACAGCAGUGACGCUUUGUCCCCGGACCAACCAGCCAGCCAGGAAUCGCAGGGCUCAGCCGCGUCCCCAAGUGAGCCAAAAGUUAGUGACUCGCCAUGUCCUGUGACUGCAAGUACGCCAGCCCAGUUUACUUCAGUACCCCCAGCAGUUCCUGAAUUCUUGAAAACUCCUCCUGCGGAUCAAACCCCCACAAGGUCCACAGCUCCCGUCCUCCCCACAAACACUGUGUCCUCAGCAAAGCCCGGGCCAGCACUGGUAAAGCAAAGCCAUCCCAAGAAUCCAAAUGACAAACACCGGAGCAAGAAGUGCAAAGACCCCAAACCGCGGGUAAAGAAGCUGAAGUACCACCAGUACAUCCCGCCAGACCAGAAAGGUGAGAAGCACGAGCCGCAGAUGGACUCCAACUACGCCCGCCUGCUCCAGCAGCAGCAGCUCUUCCUGCAGCUCCAGAUCCUGAGCCAGCAGCAGCAGCACUACAACUACCAGGCCAUCCUGCCCGCCCCGCUCAAGCCACUGAAUGACAAAAAUAACAGUGGGAAUCCAGCUCUGAGCAAUACCACGCCUAACACGCCGAGACAGAAUGCACCUGCUCCUGUGAGAAAGCCAGGACCGCUGCCUUCUAGCCUGGACGACUUAAAGGUGUCAGAGCUGAAGACGGAGCUCAAGCGCAGGGGCCUCCCGGUGUCGGGCACCAAACCCGACCUCAUCGAGCGCCUGAAGCCCUACCAGGAAGUGAGCGGCGGCGCGGCCACCGCCGGCGGCCUCGUGGCCGUGUCCGCGCCUGCCUUGGUCGCCAGCAGCCCAGAGGCCACUGCGGCACUGCCGGUGCCAGCGCUGCACAGCUCUGCGGCCAGCUCGAGCCCCACCUUUAAGGCAGAACUGCCAGCUGCCGGAGCCAGCAGUGCUCCCCACGUCGAAAAUGUUACCUCGCCUCUGCCCAUCUCCCCCCCUCCCUCCGAGCAGUCCAGCCUGGGGCCUGAGGACACGAACAUGGCAGACACGUUCACAGAGAUCAUGACCAUGGUGUCCCCUUCGCAGUUCUUGUGCUCAUCUCCCUUGAGGGUGGCCGGUAACGAAGACAGCCCCAGUCCCACCAGCAGCACUCUGUCAAACCUGGAGCUGGACGCCGCUGAGAAGGACCGCAAGCUUCAGGAGAAAGAGAAGCAGAUUGAAGAGCUAAAGAGGAAGCUGGAACAAGAGCAGAAACUUGUGGAAGUUUUGAAAAUGCAACUCGAGGUUGAAAAACGAGGGCAGCAGCAGCAGCAGCAGCAGCAGCAGCAGCAGCGGCCUCUGGAAGCCCAGCCUGGCAUACCAGCAAAUCCUGUCACGCAGUCAGACCAGAAACAUGGGGGCUCUUCCAUCAAAGACGAGGGCGCGCUCAGCGACUGCUCCAGCUCCAGGCCGCCUGGCCCGGGAGCCGGCCACCCUGCGGGCCAGCCCCUCCCGGUGGGCGGCCAGACCCUCGUUGCCAAGAAGGCUGUGGUCAUCAAGCAAGAGGCCCCGCUGGCCCAGGCGGAGCCGCAGAGCGUCAUCCCCCAGUUCUACGUGAGUCCCCAGGGGCAGCCGCCGCCGGCCCUCGUGGCUCAGCCCCAGGCGUUACUGACCACGCAGACUGCCCAGCUGCUGCUGCCAGUGUCCAUCCAGGGCUCCAGCGUCACCUCCGUGCAGCUCCCAGUGGGCAGCCUCAAACUCCAGGCGCCGCAAGCGGGAAUCCAGACUCAGCCCCAGACUGCAGCUGCUGCUCUGUCGGCGGCCGUGGCCCAGCCUGCGGCUCAGAAGCAAGAUGCUUUCACACCGCGUGUGCUCACUCAGCCCCAGCAAAUCCGAAAGGUUUUCACAAACUCAUCAUCAAACACAGUCCUCCCGUACCAGAGGCCGCCUGCUCCAGGGGUCCAGCAGCCCUUCAUCAACAAGACAUCCCCCAGUGUGCUUCAGACCCGAAAUGCCGCCCUCCCGGCCCUGCAAAACGGCCCCAACACGCCCCCAAAGCCGAGCUCCCCACCUCCGCCCCAACAGUUCAUUGUCCAGCAUUCCCUGUUUGGGAGCCCGGUCACCAAGACAAAAGACCCUCCGCGCUACGAGGAGGCCAUCAAGCAGACGUGCAGUGCCCAGCCCUCCCUUCCAGAGAUUUCCAACGCACACAGUCAGCAGAUGGACGACCUCUUCGAUAUCCUCAUUAAGAGUGGAGAGAUUUCCCUCCCCAUAAAAGAAGAGCCUUCUCCUAUUUCCAAGAUGAGACCAGUGACCGCCAGCAUCACCACCAUGCCUGUCAACACAGCAGUGUCCCGGCCACCACCCCAGGUCCAGAUGGCCCCGCCCAUAUCCUUAGAACCUAUGAGCAGUCUCUCUGCCAGCCUAGAGAACCAGCUGGAAGCCUUUCUGGACGGAACUUUGCCUUCAGCCAACGAAAUCGCUCCGCUCCCCGGUGGUAGUGAAGACCGCGUCCCCUUCUCCCUGAUGGAGGAUCUCCACAGCGACCUGCUGGGUCACCCCGGCGUGCUGGACCACUCCCAGUCACCCAUGGAGACGUCCGAGACCCAGUUUGCUGCAAGCACUCCCUGCAUCUCGCUUGACCUCUCUGACUCAAACCUGGACAACAUGGAGUGGUUAGACCUCACCAUGCCCAACUCGUCAGGACUCACGCCGCUCAGCACCACUGCGCCCAGCGUGUUCUCCGCGGAGUUUCUAGACCCACAAGACCUGCCGUUGCCGUGGGACUAAACACACAGAUUUCUGAUGUCAGAGUUCACGAGGUUUAAGAGGAAGAGGACUCUAAAAAGUCAGUUUUUAGAGACAGACCCAUAGUUGCAUUGUUGCAAUUAAAAUAGGUUGUCAGAAUGGACAGCCGUCACCCUGGAAGCCCCGUUUGGAGACACAUCAUCGCAACCUGCAGUGGAUCCUACAAUUUAACAGCGCCAGGGCCUUCUGAAAGAUCACGUGUCCGAGGAGCCUCAUGUGUUUCUCCAGACGCCAGUAACGAACAAAUGAGAAGCACCUUUACACAGAGAAGAGUAGCAUGUGCAGGAGAGCGGCACGAGAAUUCCCGGGUAACCAACUGCCCUUGAACCUCUGUGGGCACUUUAGACCCCAAAUGAGUGAUCGUCAGCUCCACGCAAACAAUGCCGGGGGGAGGGGUCACUGUCGCGCUGCGGGGCUCGGAGGCUGUGCAGGCACCGGCCAGAGCGGCCACAGCAUACAGCGGUCUGGUUCCCUGUCGAAACCUAUGUGAUUUUUCGUGUCAUAGUUUGUGAUUUUUGGAGUCUUGCUUUAACAUUUUUAAAUUUUGACCAUAACCAGACAAAAACACUGUCGUAACCAGCCCACUGUAAGCAGCUGUGGACAGCAGACCCCUGUGGGCUCUGCCCGUGCCCGCAUGGCCUCUCAGGGUGGGGUGUCCGCUGCCUCGGGGUACCUUGAGUCCUUGAGCCAUGUGUGUUUCUGCAUCUGAAUAAUCGCUGACUUUCAGGUAACCAGACCCAUCUCAAAGAACCAAGAAAAAGGCUUUAGCGCAAAACAUCUGAGCUGGUGAGUGAGGGGAGCGGGCAGGAGACUGGACCCAGCACCUUCCCGUGCGCGCCAGGUCAGCCGCCGGCGCCGCUCGUAACUGGACGUCACACGAAAUUCUCACUGCAUCGUCAGGCCUGAGGUUGAAAAACUGGAGGUUUUAUUAGUUUCUUAUGUAGAAAACAUGAUCAAUUUGAGAAUUAAAUCUAUUCAGUGAUUUAAGAAUUUGCUAAAAUGCCAACCGUCACAGGAUUUCCAAAGUUACUUCAAGCUAGUUAUUUGCUAGUUAUUGGUAGAUGCAAAGUGUAAAUAACCCGAAAACCCUCCAAAGAGGUGUGGAGGCUCUUACUGAACCACACGUCACACCCCUCCCCAGGGCAGGCUGCUCCGCUCACGGAAGGUUUCUGGGUUUGCGUUUUGCCUCAGAGCUGGUCUUCACUCGGGUGUGGAUCAGUCUGUAAGUUGUACUGCACGUCUGAGUCCGCCUUCCCGGAAUUCAGUCACCUCACUGGAGCCCCAGUACCAGCACUUCCCGGCGGGAGGGGGGUGCUCGAUCCCAGGCCCAGCGGGCCGGCAGCCACCUGCACGGCUGGACGGCGUUCUGUCCCCACCUCCUGCGCUGUGUACACAGGCUCUUUCCUUAGCCCUCAGGACCCUGCUUGCUUUUCCAAAAUCAGGUUUGAAAAGUAUUGCAGGACAGUUGUGCUCCAAAAAUCCACACAGCCCUGCACGGGCUGCCUGCCUGUGGCGAGGCGCUCACACGUGUGUCCAGACCAGUAGGGACCAGCACGUCCUCGGCACCAGGACACGGCGCACGCGACACCCCCAGAGGGCUCCUCUGCCCUAAUCGGUGCGUAGGACGUCAGCACUAGGGGGCUUGUGACUGGGGCGAGCUUCACGGCCAUGAAAGGGCGGGGUGCACGGCUCCCAGGGGCGCUGUCCCGAGCGGCCAUGCACAUGUCACAUUGCCAAGAGAAGCACUAGCUCCCAGAGCGCGUGGACUCACCUCCAGCCUUGGGUCCCUGAGUGUCCCUGAAACACAAGACAUGUCCGUGUGCAUGGACGGCACGAGCAGGACCCCGGGCGGCCUUGGGCCUGCCAACAGCUUUCCUGAGCCGUGGGGGCCACGCGCAGUGCCCACGCCUGUACAGAGAAGGGUUCUGAGUUCGAGGCACCGCUGGCUCAGAUACUUCUUCACUAAAGCGAUCUUACUUAAAUUUGCUUUCUAAAACCCGCACCGCUCCGCAGCCCCAGAACCAGCCCCGCGGCAGGGGUCACUGCAGCUCAGGACGGGACAGUGGGGCCAGUGCGGCCUGUCCCGGGCGGCGGGGAGCGAGGCGACGCCCUGAGCUGUGCUGACGCCGGCUGCCCACCGCCUACCCACGCUGACUCAGGCUUCCUCUGCCCCCCGCCCCCCACCCCACCAAGAUCAUUCCAGGCCACGGAGCUUCCCGCCGAGCCCCCUACGUUGGGCGGGCGCGCAGCCCCUGGCCUCGGCGCAGCCGUUUAGAGCGAACAGCUAUCGGGUGUCCGCUGCAGAGGCGCCCCCUGUGCCGAGGGCACCCGGACACCGCCCACGAGGCCGGCGCGGCCACUGGAAGGGCGCGCAGGCGCCGCAGCGUGUGUCUGGGGCGCGUCUGCGGCGAGACUUCUGUCAAAACUGGAAAAAACGUGAGUUAGUAACAGUUUCCCCUGGGUCAAGCCUCCAGCGACUUAGUAUUCAGUGACCUUUCUGCGGCACGCGUCGUGCAGGGGCCGCCUGGCCACGAGCUGGCCCCUGCCCUCCCCCCGGAAGGUUUCCGCCUGCUCUCCACGCGAGGCCUGUGAUCCAGAAAAGCUGCACAUGUUUACAGAGCGCCCUGGGCCGCCGGCACUCAGCUCGCGAGCCGGGGCAGAGGCGCGUCGCGUGGCGGCGGGCGGCUCGGGCCGCGCGCGCUGCCGGAGCCCAGCAGGCCGGUCACUGGCGAGACCGCCCGCUGCUGUGUGGCAGAGCUCUGUGCCAACUACUCAGACAAAGCUUUAACCAAGGUCGCAGAAGCACCGAGACUCCUAACAAUUACCUCUGCAUUGUGCUGUAAAGACACUUGCUAGUUAGGUGGAAGGAAACAUUUAGAGGGUUCAGGAUCGACCAGAAGUACUUAACCUCCCAUAACCAACAGUAAUGCAAACUCGCUUUAAGGAACCAAAGGCAUUGCCAAGUAUUUGCCAAAAGACGGCACUUUGUAUUUAAAAUGUGAGACUAAAGAGAUCUCAAAAAUCCCAAAAAGGUAUUCUCCACUUAAGGUUAUAAUUUUCACAAAGAUGUAGAUAUUUCUCUAUUGUUUUUAUGUAAAAUAGUAUAGAUUUGUUGGUUUAAGAAGAAUACGUAUUUAGUAGUAAUACAGAGUUUUUUUCCUUUCUACCUACAAAUGACUUUCUUGCUUGCAAUAGAAAUGCAACGUGAUGGGUGUUUUCUUCUUAUUUUCAUUGUCACAUUAUGUCUCAGCAUCUCACUUUAUGGAAAAAAGGAGAAAGACACCAACCUGCAGAGCCCUGCUUGCUGAAGCGCCCCGGCAGUCGGGGGCCGUUCAUGUGUUGCCUUUAUGUUGUUUUUUAAAAGAAGAACCAUGAUGCCUUUGUAUUUGCUGUUUGCACCCCUGAAACCAAUUCCAUAUCAUGUUUGGACGGCCUGCGUUUUGCACAUGUGCUGUACAUAGGCAACGCAUACUGUAUUUUAUAUGUGUGCACAUUUAUCAUCGGAUCUUUUGUACAUAGUGGCAGUAUUGUAGCUGAUCGGGAAAUGUUUGAUAAUCUCAGCAAUUUUGCAUUUUUGUGUCUCAAAUAAAAACAU